GGGCGUCUAAUGGCAACCCGGAAGGAAGCUCAAUCUAGAAUCAAGCCUAAACUGGCGGGAGUGGAUCCUCUCGCGUUUGCCUACUUAGAUGGAGACGUUAUCCUUAGAGGCUAAAACUGCCUAUCACCACAUCCUUCGAUGGACUGAUAGGGAAGUGACUUGGCCAAGGUGACGCAGUCAAAAAAUACAAGCAGGAGGAAUACUUCUGGAUCACCCCCUCCCCCGGCCAAAGUUCUUAACGCCCAACCUAAUUUAUAAAAAUGAAAAUUCUGCUACUCUUUGAUCCUUAUUGAAGUCUAUAGGUCCUACCAAAGAAAACAGAAGUAAAUAGCGCUCCUCCAGCCUCGGUAGUAUAUUAAAGGACCCAGCUGAAGAAGUAAGAUUAUCCGGUCAAUCCAAUACCUCGUUGUUUUGCAAAGUAAAAAAUAAAGAGUUCUAUAAAUAUUUGGCCUUAGACUCGAAAAUCAACUAUUUUCUGCCACCACCGUCACAUUGAGAUUGAGUAAUUGCACUCUACCUUCCCGAACUCUGCAGGCAGACUCGUCUAGCUGGGAACCCUGGAAUACAGACUGUUAAGGUACCUUGUUCAACAACCGACUUCAAGAAUUAAGAAAAAAAGGUCCUCAAAACAGAAAACCGGGCCUUGGAACCAUUGUAGCUCAAGUCAAGUCCCUACCCGGACUUUUUUUUCCCCCCACCUUCUUUUUCCGUUCUCAGGAAGUGGAGGGAGUGUUUCGCUCCACUCGCCGGAAGUGCAGUUCCCACGAGUUUCUGGGCUUCUUUACCGCUCGGUUUUUCUUUCCCCCGCGCGAAUCUACUGGAGAUAACAUGCAUCUGGCUCAGCUCCUCCAGUUACCUGUAAAAAUAAAUUAAUCAGAACUGCUUGACACCUUCCUGAAUAAGACUUAGUAGAAGCCAGUAUGAUUCACUUCAUCCACAGCUUUUCUAAAGUAUCUUCAAAGAUGCUGAAGUGUCCUUUCACAGUGAGACUGGGAGCCAGCAAAAUGGAUGCCCUUUAUUUCAAGACAGCUCUUCAGCAGAAGUUUUCUCCUUUGUGUCCAAAGCCUCAACUUUUCCAAUCAUUUCCAGUAUGUUUGAACAAGACACAAUGCUAUCAUACAUCACCAUGCUGCUUUAAGAAGAAGGAAAAGCAAACAGUUGCCAGGCCACCAAGCACUAUCACUUACCUGCUCGAUAGCCCAAAGCCAGCAUUAUAUCUAACUCUGGCAGGGCUAAUCCCUUUGGUUGCUCCACCAGUGUUCAUGGUCAUGGCAAAGACCUAUAUCCCUGGAUUAGCUUUUUCUCAGAUGGCUUAUGGAGCCAGUUUCUUAUCUUUCUUAGGAGGAGUCAGAUGGGGCUUUGCUCUACCAGAAGGUAGUCCAGCCAAACUAGACUACCUUAAUUUAGCUAACAGUAUAGCUCCUGUUGUGUUUUCAUGGUUUGCUUUCCUCUGUGAAGGACUCACUGAGGCCGUAGUCACAGUUGUAGUAGGUUUGGGGAUAGCAUUACAUGUUGAAGUUUUUCUCUUGCCACAGUAUCCCAACUGGUUCAAAGGCUGGAGGAUAGUAACCACUUUAGUGGCAUCUUUUUCAUUUGCAGUCACUUUAGUGGUUCAGAAUAUUUAUCCAGAGAAAGGACACAAGAGUCAUCAUCAAGUAGAAUAAAUGUAAAAUUACUUUGUUGAUAACAGCCUGUUGGCUACUAGACUUGUAAAGUUUCAGUUUAUCAUCACCUUCUAACUCCCCUGUUCGGCUCUUUUUUUUUUUCCCCCUUAGCAAAACUAAUUUAUUUGUCUCAGGUUUUUCAUCUCUUUUAUUUUUGAUUUUUUUUGUCUGUCUUGGAGCUUCAACUCAGGUCCAAGCCACUGUCCCUGAGC